CUCCCGCCAGAGCCGCCCCGCCACCUUUCUUCCUCCGCCCGCCACCGAGCGCCCCGGACGGGCCUCAAAUCGCCCGCGCCCCCGCGCGCGCGGCCCCUCGGCCCUCGGAGCUGGCGGCUCGACCCGACCGGACCGAUGUGGCGCAUGCGUGGUGGCGCCACCCGGCGCGGGAGCUGCGGCGGGACCGGCGGCGGCGGCGGCAGCCGGGGCGAGUUAGGCCGUGAGGGCGGCGGCAGCGGCUGUGGCGGCGGCGGCGGCGGCGGCGGCGUGGGCUGGCGAGGCCGCGCGGGCGGUGCCCGGCGACAGCUGGAGGAGCGCUUCGCCGACCUGGCCGCCAGCCACCUGGAGGCCGUGCGCGCGCGCGACGAGCGGGACCGGCAGAACGCGCGGCUGCGCGAGGAGAACGCCCGCCUGCGCCUGGAGAACCGGCGGCUGAAGCGCGAGAACCGCAGCCUCUUCCGCCAGGCUCUGCGGCUGCCGCCCGGCGACAACAACGCCGACGAGCGCGACGCCGCGGACGCCACCCUCGGAGGCCCGGACGAGCCUGCCACCCACCGCAAGGCGAGAGGCGGAGGCCCCGACGACGAGCCGGGCAGCCCCCGGGCGCUGCGGGCCCGGCUGGAGAAGCUGGAGGUCAUGUACCGCCGGGCCCUGCUGCAGCUCCGCCUGGAACAGCAGGGCGCGCGCCCGCCGCAAGACGGCGGCGAGCGGCCGCUCAGAGAAGCCGCCGCCGGCCUGUGCGACCCGGACCCGGACCCGGACCCGCAUCCGGAUCCGGAUCCGGACGGCCCCCGGCCCUGGCCAUAGCCAGAGGGCGUGGCGCAGGGGCGGGGCUUGCGCCAUCCCCGCCCCCCGAGCAAUCAGCGCCCCGCCCCUCUGCACACGCGGAAGCUCCGGAUUUGUGCUCCAGGGACGCCGGCCCCACCCAUGGGCACU